CCGCGCGCGCGCGCGUCCCCCGGUGGGUCAGCGCGGUGGUGUUUGGGUGUCUGGGGUGGAGGAGGGCGCGUGCACAGUAACUGGAUACAUGAACUCAUGCUCGAGCUCAGAGCUGAGAAUACAGGCUGUUAUCUCAGGUCAGAAUGUCACUUCGUAUCAGGGCCGGAUUUUACCGACAGGAGGUGAAUAAAACGGUGUGGGACGUGCCGGAGAGAUACCGCGAUCUGAUACAAGUGGGCACGGGCGCGUACGGCACGGUGAGCUCUGCCAUUGACCGCAAGGCAGGUGUGCGGGUGGCCAUCAAGAAGCUCCAUCGUCCAUUCCAGUCCAGACUCUUCGCCAAGCGAGCUUACAGAGAGCUGAGACUGUUAAAACACAUGAAGCACGAGAAUGUGAUUGGGCUGUUAGACGUCUUCACUUCUGAAAUAUCACUGGACAGAUUCCAGGAUUUUUACUUGGUGAUGCCCUUCAUGGGUACAGAUCUUGGUAAGCUGAUGAAGAUGGAGAGAUUGUGUGAAGACAGGGUGCAGUUCCUGGUAUAUCAAAUGCUGAGGGGACUGAAGUAUAUUCAUUCUGCUGGGAUCAUUCACAGAGAUCUCAAACCAGGAAACCUGGCUGUAAAUCAGAAUUGUGAGCUGAAGAUUUUAGAUUUUGGGCUGGCCCGGCAGGCUGACUCAGAGAUGACGGGUUAUGUGGUAACUCGGUGGUACAGAGCACCUGAGGUCAUCCUGAACUGGAUGCACUACUCACAAACAGUUGAUAUCUGGUCAGUUGGUUGCAUCAUGGCAGAGAUGCUUCUUGGAAGACCACUCUUCAAAGGAAAUGACCAUCUAGACCAACUGAGAGAAAUCAUGAAGAUCACAGGAACGCCAGGACAGGACUUCAUCCUGAAGCUACAGAGUCAGGAUGCCAAGAAUUAUAUUAGAAGUCUGCCCAAAGUGCCAAAGAAGGAUUUGCACAGUAUAUUUUUUAAAGCCAGCUCAGAAGUGGUGAGUGCCAUGGAGCGGAUGCUUUUGUUGGACCCUGACAGCAGAGUGAGCGCUGCUGUGGCUCUGGAGCUCCCGAUGUUCUCUGAGUUUAGAGAACCUGAGGAGGAGACGGAGGCAUUGCCCUAUGACCAUUCCAUGGAUAACGCUGACCUUUCUCUGGAGCAGUGGAAACGUCACACCUUCACAGAGAUCCUCUCCUUUCAGCCUCCUCUUAUAGAGCUCAGAGACUCCAAAGAGACUUCCCUUUGAGGAGAACAGACACACACACACAGAAUGUAUUUGAGACAAAACUGCUAUUUAAGCUACAAUUUAGCUUUAUGACUCUAAGGUAUUAUGCUCUAUGACAGUGUUUCUCACACCUGGUGCUUUUCUCACACCUGGUGCUUUAACACACUCCCUGGAAAAGACUGUCAAGAGGCUGAUUUGUUAAAUCAGGGCAUGUCAGGACCAGAAAUGAGAAACACUGAUAACAUACCGAAAUCUGGGAAACUGGAUUUAAUGUUUUUACAAUUUUUUUAUGUUUGAUGUGUCAGUAAAAGACAGGACAUUUGUAAACUAUUUGUUUUUGUAAUUUGGAAAGACAGAAUUUCUGAAUAUAAUGUACAGAAUCAGGAUGCUGGCUCAUAUUUAAUGUGAAUAAACAUUUUUAAAUGUGAGAUUGUUGUUCUCAGUUGAUGCACUGCUACCUUUGUUCAGGUCAGGCGUGUGUUGGGACAUUUCUGUAAUUAUUAAAUGUACAUAUUUUAUUGUGCCUUGGGCAUUA